UUUUUCACUCCGGAGACAUUUCUCCUCCCCCCCCAAUUUCUCCCUCUCUCUCGUCUAGCUCACUCCAUCUUUCCCGCAGCCUCCUCCCCCAACUUGACCCUCCGUCCCCUCACCAAAGUCCUUUCCAAGCUCCUGCAGUCCAUUACAUACUGCCAAUCACCACACCAUGAUCCUUGAGCUGCUGGGCUUGCUCGCCCUUGUUUACCUGGGUUGGAGCCUGGUAACGAUGGAGAUCAAUUACCGUCGUGCCUCAACCAUGGACAUCCCCCUCGUGCGUCUCUAUAUUGACCCGCAAAAUCCCCUCUGGAUGAUAUUCGAUCCCAUUGUCUGGCCAUGGCUUGACCGGCUCCCCAUCAAUUGGCGCAACUACAGCUUCGGUCGCUACUCCCGCCGGGGAUGGUACUUUGCCGAUCGUGGCGAGUCCCAUCGGCGCUACGGGCCCAUCUGGGCGAUUGUCACCCCCCGCGAUAUCUGGAUCAACGUCGCCGACCCGGAGGCCGUCCAUGAUAUCUUCCAGAGACGCACGGAUUUUAUCCGCCCCAGUGAAAUGUAUAAGGUGCUCGAAGUCUACGGCCCAUGCAUCUCGACCGCUAGCUGGACGGACUGGCCCCGGCACCGAAAGGUCCUGGCCACCCCGUUCAACGAAAGUGUCAUGUCCUUUGUAUGGGAUGAGAGUGUCGAGCAGACCUGCCAGAUGCUGGGGGUCUGGGGGUCUGCCGCAGACGGCCGCAUUCCCAGUGUGGCAAAGGAUACACGUACCCUCUCGCUGAACGUUCUUGCCGCCACAGGAUUUCGCAAGUCAUUCCCGUUUCGCAGUGCCAGCGACCGCGGGGCCACCCACGGGCUGUCGGCCACCACGGAAGGUGACCUUGUUGCCGAGGAUGGACCAGUCGGCUACCGGGAUGCACUCCAGACGGUGUUGGAUAACUGUAUUCUACUCAUGGUCCUGCCUCGGAGAUGGCUCACCCUUCCAUUCGCACCGCAGUCGUGGCGGCAGAUCGCGAAAGCAGCCACUGAUUUCCAGAAGUACAUGGUGCGCAUGCUGGAUGAAGAGACCAAAGCAUUGAACUCUGGCAAUGCGGGCAGCGGGGGGCUGAUGACUUCGUUUGUUCGUGCCAUGGAUCUGAAACAGAAGGAGGACGCGCAGGAGAAACCCAAAGCAACCAGUAGCUCCCCACCCAAGGGUCUUACCGUCGAGGAGAUCUUUGGGAAUCUCUUUGUGAUCAACUUUGCAGGCCAUGAUACCACCGCCAAUACAUUAAGCUUCGCGUUGCUUCUGCUGGGGGCAUAUCCCGAGAUUCAGGACUGGGUGGCCGAGGAGCUGCAGGAGCUUGGCGAGCAAGAGAUCAAGUCCCAGUAUGCGGAUCUAUUCCCCCAACUGAGUCGCUGUCGGGCCAUUAUGCUCGAAACCCUCCGCCUCUUCCCCCCCAUCCAAUCACUACCCAAGUGGACCCCCAACGAGCCCAAACCACUCCAACUCGGCGACCGAACCAUCAUCAUCCCUCCCCACACAGGCGUGCACCCGAGCCUCCUCGACAUGCAAAUCCACCCCCAAUACUGGGACGAUGCGAUGACCUGGAAACCCUCCCGGUGGAUCACCACAUCCGGCCCCGCGGAGCAGGCAACAGAGCAAAUCAUCACCCCUCCACGAUCCAGCUAUUUCCCCUGGUCCGACGGACCCCAGAACUGCCCCGGGAACAAAUUCUCCCAGGUCGAGUUCGUUGCGGUCAUGGCCACUCUUUUCCAGGGUCAUCGCAUCGACGCGAUUCCCCUCCCCGGGGAAUCUCCCCAGGCGACGCAGGCACGGGUUUUGGCGACCACGCAGGAUGUCGAUAUGCAGUUGCUGCUGCGGAUGAAGCAUGCUGAUCGCGUGCGUAUGAGAUGUCGUCGGGUGGGUUGAGGACUGGCGUGUGUAUAGGAUUGAAAAGGUG